AUGCCCAAAGUCAAGGCCCUUCGCCCGCACAAGACUUCUCUCCGGACGCAACUUGCUAUUUCCGCUGGCUUAUCUCAUGACUACAACCCUCGUAAUCUGGAAGAAGGUUACUAUUUAGCCUACCACACCGUGCUCACGGAACUAUUCGACGCUCAACUUCGUGAUCAAAUAUUUACUCGUUCCCGCACCACGAUUUCUGUCUCAUCUGCAGAGCUUGAACGAUUAAGGCUGGCUCACCUUUAUGCCUCUCAUGUGCCGGCUCCUGAGCAGGAAGAGCCUGCUCAACCCGAUGGCAAACAGUUAACCCGCACCGAGCAGUUAAUGAAGAACCGAGAGAAAACCUUGAAGGCAAGCGAGCAGAAAGCCAAGCAAGAACUCACGAUUUUGCUGGCGAAGGGUCAGGAAGCUUAUGACAAGCUUGUAAAAGUGCGACAUGAUGCGGAAGAUCCGAAAGAUGCGCUGGAGAAUACUUCGUUCACCUCUCAAGGCACAGUUGCCGAUGGAGGCAGCUUGAACAUAGUUCCAGACUUUACUGGAUACCACCUAGUCGCGCUGAAGGAGCUGAAGCCCACCAACAAGGAUCGCUUGUAUGCGUGGAGAGUGCGUAACAAGUUAAGAAUUAUUCACGAGUGCUCUCCGUUCUUCCUCGAGAACAAGACCUCGCCCACGCGGCAUAAACCCAACUACAUUGUCCAGCGGAACAUUUGGGAUCAGGAUCUCGAGGACUUAUUAACUGAAGCCGCGGAGGAUCUCAUGUUCUAUUGUUGCGUCUACUUGGCAAAGGACUUAUCUGCCAAGUCAGUCGUGGUAAUGGUGGCCAGUGGAUUUCACUGGAGAUGGGUUCAAUUCUCCCGGGACGAAGUUCCGGAAAUGGAGUUUGAUGUUUCGGUGGAGGAACUUCGCAAGAGAAACCCCGCUUGGAAGGUGAAAGCCGUGUUCGAUGCCGCCGUCAGAAAACUUGCCAAUGCAAAAAUCUUCGUACUGGGCACCGAGGCUUCGGAUCGUGAAUUGACUGCAAUGCGCGAUGCGACCAUUUCCAUUGUCAACAACCACGUAGCAUAUGGUCCGACCAUGCUCGCCACGCAACCUAAAGCAAAAAGAAGAAAAAAGGCAGUGGUAGGCCAGGCUAUUGACGAGGGGAACACGUCCGAAGUUGAGCAGUAUAAACCAGGAGACGAGAACGAGACGGAGGCCGAAGAAACCUGGUGGGAGGACAGCGGUGAUGAAGACGGUGAUGAAGGCGGUGAUGAAGGCGGUGAUGAAGGCGGUGAUGAAGGCGGUGAUGAAGGCGCCGCGUUGUUCAAGUUGAACGUUGGGGAGUAA